AGAGAUUGAUUUAUGAAAUAAAUCGUCUGCUGAUCCAGAGUGGCGCAGACAACGACGGAAAUUACCGAUCGCCUUAGCUACCGAACAACAAGAUGGCUGACACUGGCCAAACUGCUGGUGUCAAAGAACUAGAAAAAAAUAUGGCUGAAAUCAAGCCAGCACCAAAUAUGGAAGCAGUCAGUGUCACUGAUUCAAGCCAGAAUUUGGCAGAUAUUUCUGCAAUGCUGAAAAAAAUUGAUUAUGAUCCAUAUAACGAAGAUGAGACUGAGCUCAGAUUCCUGCAUUCCAAGCCAACAUGCUUCAUUGUCCUUGGCAAACCUGGUGCAGGCAAAACCACACUUGCAAAGCGACUCGCGAUGGAUUGGAAAUGUGAACUGAUUUCAUCUACUCAACUGCUGCAACAGCAUAUUGAUAUGCAGACAGAGUUCGGUGUGAAUUGCCUGAAGAUAUUGCUGAAAGGGGAGGCAGUUCCAGAGGAAAUGAUCAUCAAGAUGCUGGAGGACAAGAUCAACUCCCCUGAAGUGGCCCACCAUGGCUACAUUUUGGAUGAUUUCCCGACCCUGUCAGAGGCCACAAUGACUGUAAAGGAUCAGCUAGAAUUGAUUAAAAACUGGAAAUUGAAGCCAGACUUUAUAAUAAAUUUAAAGAUCCCGGACAAAGACUUGGAGAAGAGGCGAGUGGGCAUGAGAGUGGAUCCAGUGACUGGCGAUGUAUACACUGCUGAUAUCUACAAUCCAGAGAAACCAGUGAAAGAGGAGAAAGAGACAGAAGGGGAGGGUGAGGAAGAAGAAGAAGAGGAGGAGGCAGAAGAAACACCUGAAGAUUUGUUGGAGGAAGAGAUGGUUCCCGAGUUGCCAGCCGAGGUGUUGGAGCGUAUCAUCACCCGCCCUGAGGACCUCCCUGAACAAGUGGAUAAACACAUCCGCAAAUUUAAAGUCAAUCUCCUUCGUCUUCUCGAGGAAUACAUGGGUGACCAUGAUCAGCAAUACUUGAUUGAGAUGGACGCCAACCAGACCUCCAAUAAUCUGUUCAAGCAAUUACAAUCGCGCCUCAACUGUUUUGUUCUGCGUCCGGCUGCCGUACCGAUCCGGCUUCACGAUCCUGAAGAAGAGGAAAUUCCGGAGGAGAUUGAAACAGAUGAGCUCAUGAGAACUCUUGCACCUAAGCAGAUGGUUGCCCCGAGGUUCCGCUGGCGAAGGAGUCGAUGGUUGAGGAACUGUCCUGUGGCUCUCCAUGAAGGGAACAUCGUGCCGGGGAAACCAGAUUUGGCUGUCAGUUUCCUGGACAAGGUGUACUGCCUGUCUAGCCCUGAAGCCAUGGAGAAAUUCUUGAAGAAUCCCCGCCCCUACCUUCUGCCCCCUCAACCCCGGCCCCCCUGUAAGAUCGCAGUACUUGGGGCACCAUACUCAGGGAAGACCACCUUCUCCCAUCUACUGGCACAGAAAUAUGGGGCUAAUGUGUUGGACAUGGAGAAGCUGGUUCUGCCUCGCAUGGAGUCGGAGAAAAAGAAAGCCGUAGAGAAGACCCGUAAGGACGCAGUGGAGGCGGCCAUUGUGCAGGUGAAGACCAAGCUCAAGGAGCAGAUGGAGGCAGAACUGGCUGCCAAAGAGGCUGCAGAGGCCGCUGAAAGAGAACGAGCUGAAAGAGAGGCUGCAGAACGCGAAGAAGCUAAAGCGGAGGAAGAGGAGGAUCAGACAGAAGAUGGCGAGGCUGAAGCCUCUGAUAACGAGGCGACAGCAGAUAAGGACUCAAGUGAGGCUAAACCCUCAGAAACAUCAGGAACGGAGUCAGAUGCACUCAAAAUAGCGGGUGAAACAGAGCAGAAACCUGCGCCUGAGGAAGGUAAACCUGCUGCACCCGAAUCUGAUAAACCCGCACAAAGUUUGGAUAGGGGUGAGGAUAUUGAAAGUGAAACCCAGGAAGGCUCGAUAGUUUCCUCAUCCCAAGGUGAACCUAAGGAGGCCGGUGUGGUUGUACCGGAGGUGGAGGCUGAUCACCCUGAUGUGGUCGCCAUCGUGGAGAAGGCAGUCCAGGAGGCGGAGAGGCAGGUGAUCACGCUUGCGCCUGAGAUCUACCUGGAAAUCAUGGAGGAGAGCAUCAAAGACGCCGAGAAACAAAUGCGUGAAACAAAGCCUGACGGACCUUUGCAUGGAGGCUGGAUACUUGACAAUUUCCCAAACACAAGGGACCAGUGGAACCUGUGCAUUGAGAAGAACAUUGUUCCUGAUGACGUGAUUGUGCUCAAGGAUUCUGGGGAAUCCAAUUUCCUAAUGAAGCGCUUCUACCACAUGAAUAAGCAGGAUAUUGAUGAGAGGAUUCGGGUCCGGAUCAAGGAGGAGGAAGAAAGGAAGAGGAGAAUGGAGGAAGAAAGGAGCAAAACAGGAGAUGGUGGAAUAUUGGAGGUCCCCCAUGAGCGUAGAGAGGAGAAGGAACGCUUGAAGGAGGAAGAAGAGGCCAAAAAGAGGGCAGAGGAAGAGAAAAAGAGGAAGGAGGAGGAGGGGGAGGCAGGAGAGGAGGAGGGUGAGGAAGCAGAGGGUGGUGAUAAGGAUGAAAAUCAGUCUCAAAAGGAGGAGGGGGAAAAUAAACCUGAGGAAUUGGGAGAAGAGGAGCAAAAACCAGAAGAAGACGAUGCAACAGAGACAGAACAGCCCACAGAGGGCACAACUGAUGGUGGAGACAGUGCCGAGGAAAACCGAGUAGAAUUCAAGGAGGAAGAGAAAGUUCCUGAUGGUCCUGAAAUGGAGGUGUACAAGGAGCGAAGGAAAGAGUAUGACCGUGACUUUCCCAACAUCCUGGCAACCAUCAGCGGGGGCUCGUCCAUUGAGAUCAUGCAGCUCGAGGUCGAGGUCACAAAGGGGGAGGACAGCAAGGCAGAGGCGGCCAAGAUUGAGGAUCUCCUGGAGGAGGCCUCCACCAACGUUGAACGUCUGUUCAAGUACCAGGGUUGGGAGUACGCGGGCCAGGACAAUGAUGAGGAGGCUGAAGAUGAUGAAGCUGAGAGGGCUGAACAGGAGGAGGAGGAAGAGGAGGCUGAGGCAGAGGAGGAGGACCCUAACCGCAGCAAGAAGAAGCCACUAGGGGACACCAACCACUACUGCCCUGUGGCCCUGAAGGAAGACAAUGUCCUGUUUCCUGGAAACCCAGAAGUGGCAGCAAGGUUCCGGGAGAAAGUCUACUACUUUGCUACCAUGGAACACAGGGAAAGGUUCUUGGCCAAUCCAGAUGAAUUUUUGCCAAGGGAUUCAUGUCCCAAGGCACCCCCUGUCCGCCUACUGCUGUUGGGCCCCCGCGGGGCGGGUAAGACCCUUCACGGCCGCCAGCUGGCCCGCAAGCUGGGCCUGUUCCACAUCUCAUUCAAGGACCGCCUACAGGAGCUAAUCAUGCAUAAGACCAAAAAGAGGAUCGGACCAGAGUAUGAGGAGGAUAAUGAGGUGGAGCCUCCAGAGGAGGAGGAUGAGGAUGAGGCGAGUGCUGUCACUGACCCUGAGGGCAAACCAGUCCGAGAGAAGACCCAGGACACCACCAAGUCCACAGACCAAGAUGAGAGCAAGGAGGAGGAGGAGAUAGAAUACACAGAGGAGGAGGAGGCUAUAAAGAACAACCUCGAGUCAGACGACCCCCUCUCAGAGGACGUGCUCAACAACAUUCUGCCUCAGUGGUGGAAAAAGGAGCCCUUCAAAUCAACAGGAUUCAUUCUGGAGGGUUUCCCACGCACAGCGGAGGAGUGCAAGUACCUUGCGGAGGCAGGACUGUUCCCUGACGCGAGUGUGAUCCUCACCGUGGAGGACACUGACGUGAUUGCGCGCCUGCUACCACCUAGGCUGGACAAGUGGCGUGUGAAACGGGACAAACGUCUCGAGAGAAAGAAGAAGAAGAAGGAAAAGGCACUGAAAAAGAAGGAGGCGGCCAUUCAGAAGAAGCGCGAGGAGUUAAUCAAGGAGCAGGAGGAGAAGAGAAAGGAGAGGGCGGCACAGCGGGCGGCAGAGAGGGCCGAGAGAGAUGAGGAGGAGGAGGAAGGGGAGGAGGAAGAAGAGGAGGAAGAGGAGGAGGAGGAUAUUGAGGCCUUGCUUGCAGAGGAGUUUGAGGAAGAAGAAGAAGAAGAGGAAGAGGAGGAGGAAUUAGAGGAAGAUGCCACCGACAGAAUGAGGAAUGAACUUAAUGAUAUCUUUGACACAGACACCAACAAAUUGGCUGCAGUCACGGACACAAUGGAUGAGAUUCUAAUUCCAAAGAUCGAUGUUGACAGCACUAGAAAGCCACACAUUGUUCGCUACAUCCUGAACAAGAAGUUGAAACCGAUCAUUGACGCACGCCAGAGCAUGUUUGAGCGAGUGUAUCCAAUCAGCGAGAAAUUGGCAAUGAAGAUGCUUGCCACAGGAUACAAACAACCAAGUAGAUUUGGAAGAUGGUGCCCUGUUAGGGUCAAAGAGGGAGAUUGCAUCCAGACAAUGAGUGGUCCAGGCUACACGAUGUUCCCGUGCAUUUAUCGCUCGCAUGUCUACUUCCUGUCUUCCCCACAAGCCCGGGAGGAGUUUGUUAGCGACCCAAUAAAGUAUGUCAGCCAGCCUACCCCCAAGCCUGUUGUACCAAUCAAAAUUGCUGUCAUUGGACCACCGAAGUCUGGAAAAACUACAUUGGCCAACAGGUUUGCCCAGGAGUACGGCUUGCUGCGUCUCUCUAUUGGCGAGGCAAUGCGUAUGGUGAUGACAUCACAGCCAAAGGCCUUCCUCUCACUGGAGAUGCAGAAACAUCUGGUGAAGGGCCUCACAGUGCCUGACGAGCUGGCUGUACAGGCCUUGGAGAUGUGCCUCCUUGAUAUGAGAUGUCAGACUAGGGGCUACGUGCUGGACGGAUACCCACAGACCCAACGCCAGGUGGAGCUGCUCACCGAGCGAUGUCUUAUCCCGUUCCGCGUGAUUGAGAUAGACGUGAAGAGCAAGGAGAUCAUGGUGCGAGGGACCAAGGACAGGAUUGCAGCCGCUAGAUAUUGGAUGCUCAUGCUUCAAUUUGGAGAGAGGAUACAGCCCCUACAUGACAGUGCCCAGAUCCUGGCAGUGAAGCUGGGGGCCUACAAUAGGAACAUAGGGGUGGUGAGGCAGUGGUACGAGACUGAGCACAUGAACUAUCGCCUGAUGGACGGCGAGCGCUCCAAGUGGUGGGUCUGGAACACUGCCCUGGACCUGGCCCGCGAGAGCGUACGACAGAUACAGACAUACCUGCAGCGCAUCUCAGACGGUAAAGCUGCCUCCAUUGCGGACAUGUGCAUCACGCCGUCAGAUUUCCUGCAGAGAGUUGGGGACUAUGAACAGUACUGUCCUGUCAGCCUGGCAUUACGUGGAGAGCUCCUUGACUGCUCCACGAACAAGACACUGGAGUUUGCUGUGGAGUUUAGAGGCCACUACUACAAAUGCGCGGGUAAGACAGAGCUAGAACAGUUCCUGGCAGAGCCUGAGAAGUACGUACCGCCCCUUGCGCCCAACAAGUUGCCUCCCCCUAGCCGGUUGCCAAGGAGACGCACCCCUACAGAGGUCAAGGCUUCUGCAACUAUUGAACUCAACAGUUACUGUCCUGUCACCUACCUGGAUGGCAAAUGCAGAUAUGAGGCUAUCACACCAGGCAAUCCAGAGUUUAUUGCUGAAUACGUGGGCAAAUAUUGGUACUGCCAGUCAGAAGAAAAACUGCUGAGGUUCAUGAAACUGCCAGAGCAGUACGCAAGCCUAAAGCUGCCACACAAGCUGCCGCCUACGAAGGAGUCUCUGACACUGACCAGCUUGCCCAUGCUGGGCUACAUGGAGCAGACGGUGGCCACAGCCCUCGUGAAGGCCAUGACCGCGUGUGGCACAGUGAAACCCAAGUAUCCUUUCCUCAGUCCCAGCAGAUCUGCUCUGUUCUACAUCGCAUACCAUCUCAAAGCCUUCAAUCCAAAGAGCUCUGACUACAUCCGCAAGAAGUACAAGAAGAAGCUGGACCGGUUUGAGGAGACGUGUUCACUCAUCAAGUACCUCGGCAACACGAUGACUGUGCGCUACAAGGAACCCCAGGAGAGGCCAGCCGACUUUGACGUGAAACUACAGACUUUCUUCGCUUUAAGGGGAAUUGAGCCCACCCCCACGUGGAUUUCAUAAACUGUGAUGACUUUUUGUAUACAGUUAUGUAUUUAUGCUAGAUUUUGUUGAAGUUUGUUUUUGUAUUGAUGAAUAAUAUAUUAACUAAAAUGGAAAAUAUAGUAGGAUUAAUGGAAAUAUUAGAGUUUUCUUUUUCAUCCUGGUUGCAAUGCCAUUGCAAAAAAUAGGAUUGAAUGAUACUUCACAGAUAAAUCAGUGUGAAUUGAAUGGAUAAUAAAAAUGGAUUCAAGGAUAUGCAAAUUUCACUUUCAUCAAAUUUGUAUUGUCUUUGCAAGGAAUGGAGUUAAGACAGGGUUUGUAAGUGUGAUGUAGUCUUUAAUGAUGAUGUAUGAAUGCAGUACAUAAGUCACUGCAUUCAUUCUUUUAACCUAUUGGGAUGAUAUGAGUAAUAGCAGAUCAGUGAUGUAUUGAAUAUAAUGUGAUAUAUGACUUAAUGCAAAACUAGUUUCAUGAUGUGCAUUCUGACUUGUAAAUCAAAUUGAGCAAAGUAUUUAAAAUGUGUCCUUCAAUAAUGACUGUUCUUCGUGAUAUUUCAUAUAUGAAUUUUAUAUUUAGAUUUUGAAAAUGUGCUGAUGAUAUGUGGUUUAUACACACAACACUUUUCAUUUAUACAUACAUGUGAGACUGUGAUAUUUAAUUCCUUUCUUGUAUAUUGUGUAUUAGUUUUAAACAUUUUAGGGAGCAUUUGUGUGUUAAUUUUCUUAUUUUUAUUCAUAAGAUCCAUAUUUUCAACUAUCUGUCCAAUUAUUUCAAAAAUGUUUUGUGUUUCUUCUACCAUUUUCUUUGUUUUCAUAAUACGACUUUGAUGUUAUUAUAUAUAAUUAAAUAUAUUCUUAGUUUACCAUGUAAGGACUCAAGAAUAAAAAUAAAAUACUGGUAACACA